GCACCUUGCCAUUUCUUUAUGGACCGCGGCCAAUAAACAAGGCUACCUAAUCUCGGGCCAUGCUGCCAUGGCGCCGUUCGAGAUCCGACAGUUCAUCGCCGCGCCCGGGCAGCAGGCCCAUUAUAUAUCCAUCUAUGGAUCUAGCAGAUCACACUCCUCCUCCUCCACCAUUGAUCGCGUCCAGCCUCUACCCACUGACCCUGCGUCCUAUACCCUGAUCGGCGCCUAUCUUCUUCUUGCAUUCCCAUGGCCAGCCUGGUGCACCAGACGCCGGCCGCGGCGGCGAUGGCGUGCAGCGACGACGAGUUCAUGCCGCAGAGCUUCGGGUGCUUCGGGCGGUCGCUGUCUCGGGCGUCGUCGGCCCGGCGGCUGGAGUACAGGGCGCUGAGCGCGAGCGGCGAGGGCGAGGAGAUCAGGCGCAUCGCGCAGGAGGAGCGCUCGGCCAGGGCGAAGCUGCGGUGGAAGGUGGUCGCGCAGGAGAUCAUGGCGAGGAGGAGGGGCGGCGGCGGCGGCGGAGGGGCGGCGAGGAGGAGGAAGGCGGGGUUCAGCUACGACUCCAAGAGCUACGCGCUCAACUUCGACCAAGGCGCCGCCGCCGAGUAGCGAUGGAGCGAGCGGGCGAGAUCGAGAUGCAGGCAUGCAGCUAGCGUCUAGCGUGCGUGGCUGCCGCUGCGGCCAGCCGGCCGGCGACCGAUGCCGUCGGGGGAAUGGGGCGGCCGUGGCAUGAUUAUUGUUGGUUGAGAAUUGAGAAUGUGGAGGUCUAGUUUUGGUGCCGGAUCUUUCUUGUGUUCUUUGGUUGGUUGUUAUUCCUGGUUGAGAAUUGAGGUGGCGUGUGCAUGCACCGACGGAAGUUGGCUGACGCCACAUAUUUCAUGCAUGUGGUGUAAUAAGAGUAUAAGACGAGCUGCUAGAUGUUUCGAAGUGUAAA